AUGAUGCAACCAGAGAGGAGCAUUCAUGGUUUUGACUCUAAAUAUAGGGACUCUUAUUUCACGUAUGAUGUUAAGCGAGAUGUGUACAAUGAAGAGACCUUUCAACAGGAGCACAGAAGGAAGUCUGCUUCCUCUGGGAACUUUGACAUCGACAUCACCACCUUCAGACACCAUGUCCAGUGCCGCUGCUCAUGGAACAAGUUCCUUAAAUGCAUGCUUAUGGUCUUUCCCUUCCUAGAGUGGAUGUGUUUUUAUCGAUUCAAGGAUUGGCUUCUCGGAGACUUACUUGCAGGUAUAAAUGUUGGCAUUGUGCAAGUUCCCCAAGUCUUGACGCUCAGUUUGCUGGCCAGGCAACUGAUUCCUCCUCUCAAUGUCUCAUAUGCAGCUUUCUGUUCUUCAGUAAUAUAUGUAAUUUUUGGAUCAUGCCAUCAAAUGUCCAUUGGUUCCUUCUUUCUUGUGAGCGCUCUGAUGAUCAAUGUCCUGAAGGUGUACCCGUUCAACAGUGGCCACCUGGUACUGGGAACUUUCGUCAAACAGGACUUUACUAACCCCUACUUCUUCACGGCCUAUAACAGAUCCCUGAGUGUGGUGGCAUCCACGACAUUUCUGACUGGGUUAAUUCAGCUGUCAAUGGGCAUGUUAGGUUUUGGCUUCUUGGCAACUUACCUUCCGGAGGCCGCAAUCAGCGCUUACCUGACUGCCGCGGCACUACACAUUAUACUGUCCCAGCUGACUUGCAUCCUCGGGAUUAUGAUCAGUUUCCACGCUGGUCCUAUCGCCUUCUUCUAUAACAUAGUUAACUACUGUAUGUCUCUCCCAAAAGCUAAUUCCACCAGCAUCCUGUUAUUUCUAACUGCUGUUGUCGCUCUGAGAAUCAACAAAUGUAUCCGAAUCUCCUUCAAUCGGUACCCCCUGGAGUUUCCCAUGGAGAUUUUUCUGGUUGUUGGCUUCAGUGCAAUUGCAAACAAGAUACGCUUGGCCACAGAAACAAGCAGGACGCUCAUUGAAAUGAUUCCUUAUAGCUUCCUGUUUCCUGUAAAUCCAGAUUUGAACAAUAUUCGGGAAAUCAUUUUAGAUGCCUUCUCCUUAGCUCUAGUGAGCUCCGCGCUGCUCAUAUUUCUGGGCAGGAAGUUUGGCAAUUUCCAUAACUAUAAUAUCAAUUUCAACCAGGAUUUAAUAACCAUUGGCCUUUGCAAUGUCGUCAGCUCAUUUUUCAGAUCUUAUGUGUUUACUGGUGGUGUUAUCAGGACUAUUAUCCAAGAUAAAUCUGGAGGAAGACAACAGUUUGCAUCUCUGGUAGGAGCAGGUGUGAUGCUGCUCCUGAUGGUGAAGGUGGGACCCUUCUUCUACAAACUGCCAAAUGCCGUGCUGGCGGGCAUUAUUGUGAGCAACGUCAUACCCUACCUUGAAAACAUUUACUACCUACCCAGUCUGUGGAGGCAGAACCAGUACGACUGUAUUAUUUGGAUGGUGACAUUCAGUUCUGCAAUUUUCCUGGGACUGGACAUCGGACUACUUGUUUCGAUAGCUUUUGCCUUCUUCAUGAUCACCGUCCAGUCACACAGAACUAAUAUUCUCCUCCUGGGUCAGAUCCCCAACACCAACAUUUACAGAAGCUGCAAUGACUAUCGGGAGAUCAUCACCAUCCCGGGAGUGAAGAUCUUCCAGUGCUGCAGCUCCAUCACCUUCGUGAACGUGUAUCGCCUGAAACGCAAGCUGCUGCAGGAGGUUGACAUGAUCAGGGUGCCUCUCAAAGAAGAAGAAAUGUACAGACUGUUUGGUGACAGAGACGCCUCGAGGGAAGGAAAGAUUUGCCUGUGUUUCUGCAACUGUGAUGAACUGGAGCCACCGCCCAGGGUUGUGUACACAGAGCGAUAUGAGAAUAAGCAGAACCACAAGGCAUCCUCCGUUAACCUGGUCCGCUGCACACGUCUGGACAGUCAGAACAGCCAGCCUUCAUCCAGUGAACAAAUACCAUACACAUCGUCUGCCACACUUCAGAGAAAGCAAGGACAAGACUACGAGGAAGUGGAGAAAGCCUGGAUCCCUGAGGACCCCUCUAGAAACAACUCCAUGCCACUUGCUGAAGCUUCUGACAAUCAGGUCGGGAACACAUCAGCCAUCCCUUGCUCAGAAUCAUCUCUUCUACCCAGCACCCACACCAUCAUCCUGGAUUUCUCCAUGGUGCAUUUUGUGGACUCACGGGCUUCAAUCGUAUUAAGACAGAUGUGCAAUGCCUUCUACAACGCCAACAUCCUGGUGCUCAUUGCAGGGAGUGACUCUUCGGUGGUCAGGGCCUUUGAGAGGAAUGACUUCUUUGAUGCUGGCAUCACCAAGGCCCAACUGUUCCUCACCCUCCAUGACGCUGUGCUGUUUGCCUUGUCAAGGAAGUUCCAAGAGCCCUCCGAGUUAAGCACGGACGAAUCUGAGACAGUGAUACAGGAAACGUACUCAGAAACAGAUAAGGAUGCAGAAUCACCACAUAACAUAAGCAGCAGCCUUCUAGAAAUCCCCAAAAAUGUCAGUCCUGGCUUCGCCAAGAUGCUAAGGCCAGCAGUAGUGGAAGAGUCAGAGCUAGACUUGGAGCCCGUAACGGAGUCGGAACCAGAGAUUGGGCUGGAUCUGGAUCACGAGAUGGAGCCUGAAUCUGAGCUGGAGCCCGAAACGGAGCCCGAGCCUGAGCCUGAGCCCGAGACGGAGCUGGAGCUGGAGUUUGAGCCUGAGCCUAGUCCCAAAUACAGGCCAAGAUCUCAGACUUUUCCUCAUAAGUAUUGGUCUUCCAACUCCCCAAGCCAGCUUAGGACAUGGUCAGUGGACAAGAAGGGUGUUCUACAUACAAAUUCCUAUUCACCUAAGGAAGGUGACACUGAGGAUCCGUAG